UAUAAACAAAUACAUAUCGUUCUGACACACGUGCAUUCAAUUGGUGUUUUUUUUUUAAUUUUUAACAAAUUUGUGGAGUGAAACAAAAUGACUGAAUUGGACAUGCAAGAAACAGAUUCGGAAUACAAUUCGGAGGAUGAUUCUGAAACAGAGUUGCAAGAAGCCUUUGCUCGUGGAGAACUAAAACCUGGUCUUAAUAUAGAAUAUGAAAAGCCAAAAGAAAAAGUCAAUAAUAUUCCUCGCCUCUUAGCUCGUACAGAUGAAAUAAAAACAGACCUACCAUGGGUGGAGCGUUUAGACAUGGUCAACGAUUUGGCCCCCUUAGCCCCCGAAAUGGCUGUUGCAUUGGAAAAACAUGAGCAAAAGCGGGCAAAUUUAUUCAAAGGUAACGCUAAGAUUCCAUAUGUUCGUCCAGAAGAAGAUCCUGUACUCAAUGACUUCAAGCGGGAGAUGCUGUUCCAUCGUCAGGCUCAAGCCGCUGUUAUAGAAGGUAUACGACGUUUACAUGAAUUAGGUGUUAAAACAAAAAGACCUGAUGAUUACUUUGCUGAAAUGGCCAAAUCAGAUGAACAUAUGCAAAAGAUAAGAGCCAAUCUAAUGGCCAAACAAGAAGGUCAAGCCAAAUCGGAACGUAUUAAACAGAUAAGAGAACAACGUAAAAUGGGUAAAAUAUUGGCCAAGCAGACCAAAGUACAGCGUGAAAUGGAAAAGAAAGAAAUGUUGGAUAAACUAAAGAAAUUCCGCAAGGGUAAACUAAAGAAUUUAGAUUUUCUGGAAGAUGCCAAAGCAUUGGAGUCCAAAACCAAAAAGUCUGCAGAAAAGAGAAAACAGCGUGAUAAGAAAUUUGGCUUUGGUGGAAAAAAGAAAGGCGCAAAACGCAACACCAAAUCUUCAGCAGCUGGCUUGGAAAACACAAAACAGCCUAGACGCCGGGUAGGCUCUAAGGCAGCACCAGGCAACAAAAGAGUGGGUAAAGCAAGGAGAUUAAAAAAUAAGAGUAGAAAAUAACCAAUGUAGAUUUGUAAACAUUGCUUUUUUCUUUUUUAAAUAAAUAAAAUAGGCUUAACACAUA